AUGUGUCAGCCUUUCUUCCCCACCCCGUGGUUCAAAGCGAUCUGCUUCAACGGCAGGCCAAUCGGCGCCAUCUCCGUGACUGAGAAUUCAGGGGACGACACUUGCCGCGGGGAGAUGGGCUACGUGCUGGCGUCGGAGGAAGGUGUGUUGAGGAGGUACGUGGUUCUAAAAAGGAGGACUCGUGAUAUGCUCACCAAACAGUCCAAACAAGAAGAAAAAGACAUGGACCCAGAAACAGCAAAAGGCACCGUUUCCGAAACCGUCACCCUCCGACAGCUGGAAGUCUCCGACGUCGACGAUUUCAUGGUGUGGGCUGGAGACGAGAGAGUGGCGAAAUUCUGCACGUGGGAGCCGUGCACCAACAAAGACCAAGCCCUCGAUUUCAUAAAGAGCAGGGUCAUCACUCAUCCGUGGCUCAGGGCGAUCUGUCUCGAAGGCAGGCCAAUCGGUACCAUUUUGAUGACCAGAGAUUCCGGCGGCGGCGAUGCUUGCCGCGCGGAGAUCGGGUACCACGUGGCGUGGCAGCACUGGGGGAAAGGGAUCGCGACGGCGGCGGUGAAGAUGGCGGUGAAGGAUGUGUUUGCGGAGUGGGGGCCGCAGCUGGAGCGGGUGGAGGGUUUGGUGGAUGCGGAGAAUGUUGGGUCGCAGAGGGUUUUGGAGAAGGCUGGGUUUUGCAGGGAAGGUUUGCUGAGGAAGUAUUUUGUUCUCAAGGGGAGGACUUGUGAUAUGGUGAUGUUUAGCAUUUUGGCUACUGAUGUACUUCCUUGUUGA